AAAACCAGAAAGAAGCAGUGCUUUCUGAGAAGCCAAAGCGAGAGAGACGAAGAAAUGGAGAAGUACUUCGGAAAUGCUUACAGAGGCGACCCCGGAGUUCCACACACCGACCCAGAUCGUUUCGUCAACAUUUGGAUUGGAUCCGCCGCCUUCUCUGUUUUCACAUGGUUCAAUCCCUACAUGUGGCAACUCUCCAAUCAGUUCAAUUGGCAUGACAAAGCAUUUUUGUUUGAGCAAUACCAUUGGAAAAAGGCGCGUCAAAAGAAUCAGCCAUACCAGUUCAAGUGGAAUCAGUACAUGGACAAGGACCACCGGGAUUCGUAUUAUUUUAACUGGCCUGUGUACUUUCCUUAGGCUCUCUGAUUAUGUAAGAAAACUGUUGCUCGACUGCUUAGUUAUUUGGUUUGUUUGGGUGGCAAAGAGAGAUUAUUAUUACACUAAGACUCAAAGGCUUAUGAAUGUGUAGAAUCGUAUUUCUUUUGACCGGUUUGGAUAACGCUGUGUUGUGUGGUCGCACUUUACUGUAGUAAUGAUUUUGAGAAUGGAUGAACCAUAUUCGGUACCAUUUGCAAUUA